CUCAGUUGGCGGUGCUGUUGCCUCAAUUUUGAACGUGCCCACACAAAUCCGUCAGCCAUCAUUGAAGGCAAAUAAUUGCAGGGCACUUUUGACAAUUUCGCUGCGUUUGACCGACGGCAAACGGUGACGUCACUUUGACUGUGUGUGAAUCUCGAGACAAAAAGUGAACUGCGAGUAUUUGGGUUUCUAUUUCUCUGUCCAUGGUGCUGAAGUACAGCUAAGGCCAUGGAAGGCGAUGUAAUUGUUGCCGUGCACUCUCUAUCGCUCUCAACAAUAUGAUUAUAUUCAUGAUUAUAUGUACAACGGCUACUUUCAUAACUAAUCGUGCAAUUUUGUUGAGGGCUAUUUGAGGGACUGUUUGUGCGAAAUAGGACUUUUGACAAAUAUAGAAAGUGGUGCAUUGGAUUACUUUUUUUCACACGGUCGUCUCAUCGGACAAAGUAGCUGCAGAGGGAUUGCUUUUAAUUUGAAGCUUUUAUUCGAAGUGGGCAGUUUGGCAUAUCGGCCUCUAAGGGGCGCUGUUACAUGGUAAAUGGAUGUGUUGGCGCUGUGUGAUGCAGUGCAGCUCCCUCCUCUGUCGCUGCCAUUUGGCACCAGAGAGCUUCGCGUGAACGACGUACAAUCGUUGAGCUCAAAUAACGCCGAUCUGAUUGCGCCUGGUUUGUUUUUGCCCGGUUCACCUCAUCAGUAUUUUUUAAAUGGAGUCGAAAGAUAAUAAUCUGAGCGGGGGAGGAAUGCGAUGGCGACGCGCGGCCGGCCUCUUUGUCUUUUGGUGUUUUUUUCUCCACGCGAGCGAGGCCCAAAUCCGCUACUCAAUCCCCGAGGAGAUGAAAAAAGGCUCGCUCGUCGGAAAUGUGGCCCAAGAUCUCGGUUUGGAUCUGAAAAGACUCCGUUCUGGGCGGGCCCGCAUCGUGACCGGGGAGAACGUCCAGUACGCCGAGCUGAGGGCGGACAAAGGGCUCCUGGUUGUCCAUGAGAGGAUAGAUCGAGAACAGCUGUGUGGAGACGUGACGCCGUGCAGCUUCACCUUCGAGAUUUUGUUGGAAAACCCCAUGGAAUUGCACCCGGUCACCAUCGAAGUGUUGGACGUCAACGACAACGCGCCCACUUUUAAAAAUCAUUAUUUGCAAUUUGAAAUUACUGAGUCUGCUGCACUUGGCUCCCGUUUCGUUCUGGAUAACGCACACGAUGCUGACGUGGAUGCAAACGGCGUGCAGAGUUACAUUUUAACACCGAGUGAUCAUUUUCUUUUGAAGCAACACGUCAAUCCUGGAGGCAGAAAAUAUGCAGAAAUGGUCCUGCAGAAAGCCUUAGACAGAGAACAGCAGCCGCGACUUUCCCUUAAAUUAGUGGCUGUGGACGGUGGGAAUCCACAGAGGUCAGGUACAGUAAAUAUUGAAAUUAACAUUUUAGAUGCAAAUGAUAAUGUUCCUGUCUUCAAUCAAUCUUUGUAUAAAGCUAAAUUGAUUGAAAAUUCCCCAAAGGACACUCACGUUCUGACUGUGAAUGCCACUGAUGCUGAUAGCGGUUCAAAUGGAAAAGUAACAUACUCCUUUUCGAAAUCAAAUGCUGAAAUCGCAGAUUUGUUUCACAUAGAUGAGAUGACAGGUUGCAUAUCUGUCAUAAAAGAAAUCGAUUAUGAAAAAGACAAAACAAUAGAGUUCAUGGUUGAAGCUAAAGAUCAAGGAGGAUUAACAGACUCCACCAAAGUGGAAAUCGAAGUCCUGGAUUUGAAUGAUAAUGUCCCCGUCCUCAACGUGAUGUCCUUCACGAGUCCGGUUUCGGAAGACUCCCCGGCUGGUACCACGAUCGGUAUCAUGAACGUGAAAGACCAGGAUUCUGGCGAAAACGGUCACGUGAGGUGCGCCAUCGAAGGCCGCGUUCCAUUUCGCAUGAAAUCCAACGUGCGCAAUUAUUUUGCCUUGGUGACCGAUGCCGAUUUGGAUCGCGAAAGCGUGUCCGAAUAUAACAUCACAGUCGUCGCGUCGGACGCCGGCUCGCCUCCCCUCUCCGCCGAGAGAACUUUUCAUUUGAAAGUUUCCGACGUGAACGACAACGCUCCUGUGUUUGCCGUCAGCUUUUAUCGUGCCAACCUCGCCGAAAACAACUCGCCGGGUGUUUCCGUGCUGAGAGUGAGUGCCAAAGACCCAGAUGAAAACCAGAACGCUCGUGUCUCUUACAUGUUGGAGCAGGGCGAGAUCGGGGGAACUCCGAUUGCCUCGUUUGUGUCCGUGAACGCCCAAAGCGGAGUCGUCAGCGCCGUGCGCUCCUUCGACUACGAGCGGAUGAAGCGGCUGGACUUUGCGGUGCGAGCGCAGGACGGAGGCUCCCCUCCUCUCUGUAGCAACGUGAGCGUGGGCGUCCUGAUCCGGGACCAGAACGACAACGCCCCUCAGGUCCUGUACCCGGUCCAGCCGCACGCCGAAAUGGUGCCUCGUUCGGCAGACGCGGGCUAUCUGGUGACUAAAGUGGUGGCCGUGGAUGUGGACUCUGGACAGAACGCCUGGCUCUCCUAUAAAGUGCAGCACAAAUUUGGGGGCGCAGACAGGGGGGCGCUGUUUGAAGUGGGCCUCCACAAUGGAGAAAUGCGAACUGUCCGCCAAGUGACUGAUAAAGAUGCUGUCAAACAAAGACUGACUGUCGUAGUGGAGGACAACGGGCAGCCCUCUCGUUCGGCUACGGUCGCGGUCAACGUGGCGCUGGCGGACGGCUUCCCCGAAGUGCUGAGGUCGGAGUUCGCCGACGACUUUAGCGAGGACUACGACGACCGGCUGACUUUUUACUUAGUCUCGGCUUUGGCCGCGGUCUCCUUCCUCUUCGUCGCCUGCUUGCUGCUUAUCGUGUCGCUCAAAGUGUACAGGUGGAGACGGUCUCGCGUCCUGUACCGCUCCGACCUCCCCGUCAUUCCGUAUUAUCCGCCGCGCUACUGCGACACGUUGGGGACGGCGGGGACGCUCCCGCACGUUUACAAUUACGAGGCGUGCGCCGCCGCCAAGAGUCACGUGACGAACACGCAAGCCGUGAGUCAAAGUUUAGUGAGUGUGGACGGAGCGGACGCUGACGUGCCGCAUGGCGGCGAGCAGACGUCGGGGAGCUGCUCUCUGAUGUCGACUUUGGUGAGUCAAAUCAGAACACUUGUUUCAAUAUAUGUUUGUUUUCAGAGUUUAUAUCAUGGAGAAGCCUUGUUCUUAUAUUGAUACAUAUUUUAAAGUCAUUACAUUUCAUUUGCAGUCGUGUGUUCAGAACCUGAAAGCCAUGCUUGAUUAAAAGUACACAGAAAUAGGGCAUCUUCCAGUCGGAAUGGGGAGAGGGUGAUUUGGUGGUGGAACCUCAAAGUCCAGGAAAUCAUUCAAGGAAUGAGGUUAGCUGAGAAGAAGUGGAACACUGAGAGUACUGAAGAGAGGAGAAAGGAAUACAUUGAGAUGCGAUGUUGGGCAAAGGCCAAACGAGGCAUAUGAUGACAUGUAUGCCAGGUUGGACACUAAAGAAGGAGAAAAAGAUCUAUACAGGUUGGCCAGACUGAGGGAGAGAGAUGGGAAGGAUGUGCAGCAGGUUAGGGUGAUUAAGGAUAGAGAUGAAAAUGUGUUGACUGGUGCCAGUAGUGUGCUGGGCAGAUGGAAAAAAUACUUCGAGGAGUUGAUGAAUGAGGAAAAUGAGAGAGAAGGGAGAGUAGAAAAGGCAAGUGUGGUGGACCAGGAAGUGGCAAUGAUGAGUAAGGGGGAAGUUAGAAAGGCAUCAAAGACGAUGAAAAAUGGAAAGGCGGUUGGUCCUGAUGACAUUCCUGUGGAGUUUUUGACCAGCUUGUUCAACAGAUUUAUAGCGGGUCUGAAGAUGCCUGAGGAAUGCGAGCAACAGUAUGGUUUCAUACCUAGAAACAGUAGCACAGAUGAAUAAUUUGCCUUGAGGUUGUUGAUGGAAAAGUACAGCCAAUGUCAGAAGGAGCUACAUUGUGUCUUUGUGGAUCGAGAGAAAGUCUAUGACAGAGUACCCAGAGAGGAACUGUGGUACUCCAUGCGGAAGUCUGGAGUGGCAGGGAAGUAUGUUAGAAUAAUACAGGACAUGUAUGAGAGCAGCAUGACAGUGGUGAGGUGUGACAGAGGAGUUGAAGGUGGAGGUGGGAGUGCAUCAGGGAUUAGCCCCGAGCCCCUUCCUGUUUGCAGUGGUAAUGGAUAGGCUGACAAAUGAUGUUAGACUGGAAUCCCCGUGGACCAUGAUGUUCGCAGAUGACGUCGAGAUCUGCAGUGAAAGCAGGGAGCAGGUGGAGGAACCGUUAGGGAAGUGGAUAUCAAUCCAUCCUUUUAAUUGUCCUUUUUUUUGCAGCGUACAGACUUAUUACAUAUGAAAUAUUUUAUCAAGGUUUGUUUACUUGGAUAAUCAUGGUUUUCUAGCCAUGAUUAUGAACUCAAAUGAAAAGUAAAGAACUUUUGGUAACAAUUCAAAUGUGUUGGGCUGGAUGUUCAUUGUCGUUGUCCAUGGUGCUGGAAUUGCUUGGAGCUGACAAUUCAGACAUACAAAUGAAGUUGGAGCGGCGAUUCAACCUCGUUCGUUCUUUUUGACUGCGUUUUCGAUUCGCUGAAAUCAAUUUCCAAAGUAGUUAUGUAUGAACCUUAUUUUCGUGGCUGUAUUGUUGUUUAAAGUUUAGGUUUAAUAUCUGUGUCAUCAUUCUCAACAAUUGUUGAAGCAAUACCUUCUGUUGAUUUUUGAAAAUAGGCUGGAUUCAAUAUUGAAUACAUUCUUUCCAAACAAAAUAAAUAUAUAUCUGUUAAGUAUGUAUUAAUCUCUUUUUUAAAUUCAACUUUAAACUUUUAAAAUUAAAUUGCAAAAGAAAACUAUUUAAUUAUUUUAACAACAC